AUGGCUGAUUUUCGCACAAUGACAAUGGAAUGUUACUCAUUGGCAGAGGUGCUAGCUGUCGCUAAGACGCACCCUUUUUACAACCCGGCCAUUGCAUACCCCGCCGACACAGAAACGAUCCGGAGUCUUCGGAAGGCGGUCACUGCCCAAAAGGAAAAUCCUGAACUUCAAGAGCAGCCACUUCUUGAGAAGAAAACGCUGUACGGCAAUGCCGGCAGACCUUUCACUAUAGCUAGGCUAAUUUACUUCAGGUACAAGGCCAUUGAACGACUUACACAUGAUGUGGACCCGCGGAACGCCUAUCGACAAAGCUCCUACGUGAGCAUUACUGGUGGUGGCUCUGGCGGGGUGCCCAUGAUGUUUGCCGUGGAUGUGCACGAGAACCGUCGACAGAGGUCGCAAAUGGGGGAAUUUCUCAAACUGUGCGGCGUCAUUCAACCCGGAGAUUGGGUCCUAUCCACUCAUUUAGCCGGAGGGUUUUACAGGUCCCUCGAUCUUAUGACGGAAAUCAUGGAGAACGCUGGAGCCACCGUUCUCAGCGCCGGAAGCUACAUGCCAGUUGCGGACGUUGCUAAGUCAUUGGCCGACUACCAUGUCAACAUUCUAACAGGCGAUGGCAGCCAGGUCGUCCAAACUGUCUAUCAUAUCUCCCUCAUGGCACAGGAGGACCGUGAUCGCGUCCGUCUCGACAAGAUCAUAUACACCUCCGAGCCCUUAACCGGUCCCCAGCGAGCGUUCAUCAAGACGAUUCUUGGCGAGGUCAAGAUAAUUUCCGUCCUAGGAAGUGCCGAGGCGGGUCCCUGGGCAAUCAGCAGCCCGGAUCUGACAGGGGAGCAGAGCUUGACCAGCAACAGCACGGACUUCGUCAUCGACACACGUAACAUGCUAGUCGAGAUCGUUUCUCCCUCUGUCAUCGUUGGCGCAUCUUCCCCUGAUCCGAUCCUGCUCUCUCAGGGAGAAGAAGGUCUCAUCGUGCAGACCUCCCUCCAACGACUGCGCAAUCCGCUGGUGCGCUACAUCACUGGUGAUAUCGGCUCCAUCCACCCACUCCCGGACGCAGCCUGUGCUGUAAUCCCCGAGGCUGACUGGGGCCAUCUACGUGUGUUGCGCAUGCACGGCCGCGACCAUCGCUUCAGCUUCAAGUGGUAUGCCUGUUAUUUCGAGUUUGAUAGGAUUGACGCCUUCAUGCAGGCGGAAGAUUGUGGUAUUCUGCAGUGGCAGAUCCUUCUGGGCCGAUUGGAGAGUUCACCGCAGGCGACGCUGGAGAUCCGGUUGCUUCGGUCCCCGCCCCGGGAUGGCAUUUUAUCGGAUGACGCUCUUAUCAAACGCUUGGAGGCUUUCUUUCUCGUAUUCCCCGAGAAUGAACAUCUCUUCCGAAUUGUGUUUCUGGAUGGUCUUGGAGGGUUCGAACGGAGUGCUACCGCAGGAAAGGUUAUCAAGUUUGUGAAUCGAUGGAAUUAA